CCCGUGGGACAAGACAUUACUUUUUUGCAUGUAACAAGUGGUCGCUUGCAGUUAGCAAACUAUCUUCUCGUCAACCGCUCCAAUGGUUCCAUUUCGGAAAUAAGAUAUCUCAGAGAAAGCGUAUACCUUUUCGAUGCAGAUACAAGUUUUUUUCUAGAUGUUAUGCCGUUUCAGAGAGGAGUCAAAUGCGAAAAGGUAGGACGCUCUAACGUCAACAGGCGUUCAAGAGGGACAAGAGGAAUGCAUCGAGAAGAAGAGUGCACGCUGUAGACCUCCACGAUACAAGUAUCCAGAGCCAUGAAACUGAAUCCACAACAAGCUCCACUUUAUGGGGAGUGCGUGUUGACGGUGUGCCUGGAGGAGGAAGAGGCAUGCGGGCCUGGGCACGAUGCAAAGAGCGGGGACGGCGGCGGGGAGAAGGUGUUCUACCUCCUGUUCUCCGGCUCCACCCAGCGCCAUCUCACCACGACGCUGCAAGUUAGCAAUGUGACUCUACAGGCCGUAUGCCCAGCCCACGACGUUUGUGAGCAGGUCGUGGUGACGCUGUGUGUGGUGCGGCCCGACGGACAGGUGGCCCCCCGGGCACAGCAGCACUUCUGCUACGUACAGGACCUUGCCCUGCAUAUGGCCCACUUCCUGCUCCACAACGGGGCUCCGCAGGGGGUGAUGCUGCUGGACGACCAGCAGGUUCCACUCAAAGAAUGCGAGCGGCUGGACCAGAGUCUUGCGCUGGCCCUGAGACACCUCACCUUGCCCUGCCCCCGGGCGGAGACACCCCAGCAGGGGCUUGGCACCGGCGCGCCCGCUGAAGCGCUUGCCGUUGAACACGCGGAUACAAGCGUCGAGGCGAACCUGGACAAACUCGUAAUCGUCCACAUGGAAACGGGCGUAGACACGGAGACGCACACAAACACGUGCGCAGGCGGGCUCACGCACGCCAUGGAGCCCGUGGACCCGCUGGGUGAGAACACGACGGGUCCAGAGAACCGCAUAGAUGUCUCCCAGUGGGGGGGCCGUCGGUGGUCAGCCUUGCUCCACUUUGCGGCCAGCCGUGGCCUGAGGAGGGUGGCGUUGUUCCUGCUCCGGCAGCCGGCGGCUAGAGAGGCGCUGAGGCAGCGGGACGCCCAGGGAGACACCCCCGCCAGCCUGGCCCGGAGGAAAGGACACCAGCAGCUGGCCGAGCUCUUCACACGGUGCGAGACGUCGGCAGAAGGCAUUCAGGAGGGCUCCGAGGGCUGGCUCCAGGUUUACCCAGAGGGCCGAGCGCUGCAGUGUCACCCGGGCCUGGGCACCCACACCCUUACGCUCCCUGCUCGCCAGGAGAAGGAGAGCGAGGAGGUAGAGAGGGGAGACGGGCAGAGGAGGGAAAGCCGUUUGCUGAAGGGCGAGGUGGAAGAGCUGAGGAGACUGGUCCAGAUACACAGAGAGCAGAAGGGAAAAUUGGAUUUCUGUGAUUCCAGUUCCCCGAUACCUGGUUCAACCCAUCUCCCCUUUGGUCAUGGACUAUGCAGCCCUGCUGGUAGGGCGUGUCCUAAAUCCAAUGGCCAAUCAGAGAGACAGGAGCCUGCACAGCCGGCUGUAGAAGCCCCGGAAAAGUGCUGCAAAGCAACAGAAAUGCAAGCAAGCGAUUGUGGUUUCACUGUUGCAGACAUUGCUCCUUGCAACACCGAAAGUCCCCGUCCUAAUCAGGAAGAGACGGCAGCAGGCGGGGCCAGUCCUGUGGUCGGACGCCAACCGACCCGCAGCAGAAAAAACAGAAAAAGGACAUCAAAAAGUAGAGGAAAUGACAAAAGUGCCACACGGACUCCAGAGAAAGCUAUAAACAACCCUUCAGAGAUAACGGGAAGUAACUCUGAGUUGAACAUCGUUUUGCCCAAAGAACUCAUUGGAGAGGGGAAAUCCACAAGUUCCUCAGAACCAGCGAGGACUCCAUUUCCCAUAGUGCCUCUGUCUGGGACUGUGUGCGAUGCAGGGCAGGUUGUCGUGACUACCAGCGUAGCAGAAAAACAGGAAGACGGGAACUCGGAACUUUGCCUCGAGACUUCUGCUAGAGCGACGAAGAGAGAAGACUUGUCAGCAAAGCAGACAAACCAGAAUCAUCGGACAAGCAACAUAUGUGCCACGGCUAAAUGGAACCUACCCUCUGAAGGCAACCCGGCAAGAAAAGGGAGCAUGGGCCAAGGGCAAUCGCUGAACUCGGAGGAUAACCCAGGGGAACCUACCGGGACCGACCCGGUGGACCAGAGCCCUGGCCUCGGUCAGAGGGACGGCCCUGAUUCGCCCGGGCCCUUACCCCGCCGAAUGCUGUGGCGCGACGGGGGCUGGACUGCGGCCAUGGGCUGGUCCACCGAACAGGGUCCGGAAACGCCCGCCAACACGGUCUGGUACCAGGACGAAAGCCCGGCGCGCUCACCAACCGAGGGGGCUGCGCUGCCCUCUCAUGGGAAAGAAGCCCUUGCCCAUACUACUUGGUAUGGGGAGAACAUGGCCGAGAAUCGGACCCUCGCGUCACUCGCAUCAGUCCAUGGACACCUAGAAGAAUCAGAGCAAAAGGAGAGCGCCUUAAGUCAGCCCCGAGCCUCUGUGGUCUGUAGUGCCGGGGACUCACUGGAACGUGAAACUUGUUUUCAAGAGUCUGUGUCAGCCCUGAGUCAGGUUGGAGAUCCUGGAGCAAAGCCAGCGCAGUCACAUGUUCCUGGCGCACAAAGACAGGAAGCCUCCGGAAAACAGCGGGACCAGGGAGGAAGAGGGGACGGGGAGGUGGGGAGGGAGGAGCGAGGGGCAGACGGAGGAGCGCACGGCGGUGACGGCAGGCGGAGGGCCAACAGCGAGGAGAGCAUUGAGCGGGAGGAGGAGGGAGCCGAAGAGACGGCAGACAAGGGCAGGAAGAAAAGGAGGCGAAAGAGGGGCCGGAGGGGUGCGGCCGAAGCCAAACUUAGCUCCAGCUCUAGCACAGAGUCCCACGUCCUGAUGGAUACGCUGGCCGAGGCAGGAGCACUGUCGCAGAGCCACAGCCCGACGGUCGAAACGCAGGCGGAGAUACGGGCACCACCAGACCGGGAGCGAGACCCAAAGGCACUGGGUAGUGGAGCGGCUCUUGGGGGUGAUCCGCCCAGUGCCGAGAGACUUGUAGCCACAGAGACGCGGCCAGUAGCCCAGGCUGUGGCAGGAAGGGCUGCCUCCCAGCCUCCCUGCCCCAGUGAGUCAGUCCUGAGGGAGGAAGUGGACGCUGGCACCAUGCGCCUGCCCAGCCAGACGGGGGAUAAGAGCAUGGACUGUAGCAAACCCAUUGUUGCCCUAUCAGAUACCGACUCUCAUAGUCCUGGUCCUAGCCUCGCUCGGAGCGACAGUGGAUCAAAGGAAGUUCGGACAAUUUUGCAUAUGGAGAGACCAGACCUUCCUGAAUUACCGUAUUUUACAGAGCCAGUGGAGUGGGACAUUUCUGUCCAACCUGUGGAAUUUAAAAGCCAAGCUGAAAAAAUUGAAGCAACAGUAAGUGAUUUGGAUGUAGAUGUCGAUGAUGUAGUUCCAACCGAACUUGAUUAUGGACAUUCAGACACCACAGAAACAAAAGGAGCCUUUGACGCUGUGCUAUUGUCUGAGCAAAACGCAGAGCCUGCCGCAGCGAUGGAACUCAACAACUGUUCAAAUGUGGAGGCUCUUGAAAUUAAACCCAACUCUGUGGAUCGAUCCGUUGGUCAACUUCCUCAAUGUGUGACGACGAUCGAACCUGCGAACCCCACUGAGGUUGAAAGGCUUUUGGACUCAGAGACCACAGAGACAAGCACAUGCAUGGCAGCCAUACAACACGAAGGAGCCCCCCCUGUGGAACCGCCACAACAAGGGGAGGAGGGGGCAGCGGAUGUUUCCUCACUUAAAACACAGGAAGGAACUGCAGACGGAACUGUAACGGCUGAUUUGGGGCAUUGUUUUGGACACGUUGGGCCGCCCCAAGAUGGGCCAAGCGAGGACAAACCGAGCAAGGUAAAGGGAAGCGAGGUGAGGGGGGGCCGUGAGGAAAUGCGAGAGGCUUGUAUUAUGGAGCGGCACAGCGACGAGGUAGUUGUGGCCGCCAGUGCAAAGAGCUGUAUGUGGAACAAAGAAGAAAGAAAAGGGGAAGAGGUGAUCGAGAGCAGUGCUGAAGUGCAUGACAAUGUUGAGAAUGAGAACAGCAGGGAGGCAGAGAAUAGGUGCAUGGAUGGAGAGGAUAAUCUUCGCUACAAUGAGGAGCUAGCAGCGACAGCGGUUGCUGUUGUUAGCGUGGCCAUAGCAUCGGCGCUUGCUAAAAUAGAGCUGAGCAAACUAACAGAGGCAGAAUGGUCCAAAGAGUCAUCUCAAACAGGCCAGACUCCUAUUCAGGCCUCAUCGGUGCUCAGCAGUGAACACAAGCUGCCCCUCGACACCACGGUUCAAGUGUCGGUGUGUGUUAGCCAGCUCACAAACGAUUUACAAGCAGAGCUAGCCUCCACGCCAACGACCAGCAAAAGCCAUGCUUGUCAUGAACUGUCUGAUACGGACGAUUAUUGUCCAUCGGAUGAAAAAGUAUCAGCCGAUGAAGAAUAUCAAGAGAAAAAAGUAGCAGAGCCACAAGACGUGGAACGCAUUUUAAUGAGUAACCAGUCAGUUCCAGAAGCAGGUGUCAUUCUUGAGGAGUCCCCAGAGGCGAACAUCAUAAACACAGAACUAGUUAUAUCAGAAGCCAUAUCCAUACAAAACUUCUGCUUGGAUUUAAGUCACGAUCUGACUAUAAAAGCAUCUAGCCUAGCAGAGGCUGACACAAAAACGUACAGAGAUUUGAAUGAAGCACUUGCAGCCCAGCCUGCUAGCCCAAUCAAUGCUCUGACUGAAGGCCAGCUCUGUCAGGACAAUCAAGUGCCCUGCCCUGUCAUUGACACAGGGCAGGGCAACGGCAAGCAAUUGGACUGGUUUGACUCAAACGCCACCAAAAAUCCCGGACUCAAAGAGUGUGCUGAUGACUCACCCGGAGAACUCGAUUGCUUCUUGUCUGAAGAGCUGUUGGGUAUCAGGCUGAACCCAGGGCACGGUGCCAAAACCCCCCUGGUUGCACACGUUCUAGUAAAUGAGUCUGGUGAAGCCGGUAAAUCACAAGGAACAUCGAAAGCUGUGGCUGCCAUUGAGCCUGCUAGUGAGGCCUGUGUGACAGGCCAGGAAGGCACUGUAGUGUUUGUGUGUGAGGAGGGUGAAGGCGAGAUCCACCAAGAUGGUUCAGCUGGGGGUCAAAGGUUGCCUUUGGAGUCUGAAGUGUGUAGCAGCGGUGUUCCACCCUCUGAAAUCCAGAGCAAGAACUCGUACAUGGGUGCUGUUUCCUCUGACGACGAGGAAUAUUCUAUGCCCGCUUGCGAAGUGAUUCUCCCUGUCAAUCCGGAUCACUCACUUUCUGGUACCUGCUCUGGUACGGCCCACUUAAGCCCCCUGUCGAAGGAAUCCACCAGCCCUCUGACUCCUGACGAUGGUACGACCCAACCAUUGGCAGAUAUGUUUGUUUUGACCACCCCUAUGGAGUUUCAAAGUAGCAGCCUCCAGCAUCCAGGGGAUCACAGUGCUGUUAUGUAUGAUGGAGAUGGUAUGUUCCAAGACCAGGGGGGGCACGUGGGUUAUUUGGAUACAGUCGAUGGAUGCAAGGACCAGGAAAGAACAAGUGACGGGGAGGAGACACAGAGGAUUAUGGUCACAACUCCAGACGCCUCCAGAACUCAAGUGAGGGAAGUCUUGCAGGAAGAACAGCCCCCCGAGACGAUCUCAGAGGGUGCCCUCCAUCCUGAGAUCCAGAGAGACAAGGAGACCUUCUUCCCACUAGGGCCCUGCCCGGAGCCCAACACCCUCCCCGGCUCCUGCACACCCCCAGCCCCAGUCACAGACCGGGGUCUGUCCGCUCCCUGGGAGGGAGACGAAGUGGACCGCAUGAUCCAGGCGCACCCGGCGACCACCCAUGAUGCAGUGGAGCGUCUGACACCCAGCGUGGAACUGGAUGACUGCGUCUUCAAAAAGCCCGCGCCGCCCGGCUCCAGGCCGGAGUUCAGGCGGGGACGUUCGUCCUGGUCCUCCACCGACGACUCCUCCAGCCAUCGACCCCCCAGUGUCUCCUCGCGGCACAGCGUGGACACGGCCUCCAUGGACACGGCGUCCAUGGACACGGCGUCCAUGGACACGGCGUCCAUGGACAGCACGUCGGUGGGGGCCAGCGACUCUGCCUCCCUCUGGAGCCCUGGAGGGCCGUGGAAGUCAGACGAAGAAGGGAGAGGGUGCACACCGGGGAUAGAAGGCCUGGAUGCGACGGGCGGAGAGGGGGAAGAGGGGAAGGACCAUCUGCCGGACAACUCGGAGACGUCGGCCAUCCUGCGGGCCUCCAACCGCUCGCUCUCGCCGUUCCGACGCCACAGCUGGGAGUCCGGCAGGGCCAACGUCCCCGGGCCCCCAGGGGACCCAGCGGAACCAGCGCCAGCGCAACGCAGUUCACAAAGGAUCUUGCCAGUGGAGGUGAGGCGAGCCAAACCACCCCUCCACCGGAGAAGCUUCAGUCUGGAAGGCCUGGAGGUCGGGAGGGCAGUCGGCCCAGGCCACUGCCUGCGUACGGGUGCGUAUGACCGGGACGAUCGGUCCGGGACAAAGGGGUCCUGGCUGGACAACCAGGAGAGGGGAGGGGGCUCUCUGGUCUCCCUCACAGAGGAGGAGCAGGAGGGAGACGCCAGCAGCCCCGUCAGCCAGAGUGCUCACCGCGAGCUGUCCAUGCAAACCAGCUGUCCCAGCAGCUCCCACCACCCACCCCUCACCAAGUCCAUCUCCAUGGUUGCCAUCAGCCAGCGGGAAACUGACGGGGUUGGGUCUUUCUCCACUACCGCUGGGUCACUGGAAUACAGUAUCUGUGAAGAGGAACCGGGCCCAUUGAGGAGCAACAGCGAGCGGGGAGUAGUUGGAGGAGGAGUCGGUGGGACCAAGGUCAGCCGGACGUUCAGCUACCUCCGCAGCAAGAUGAGCAAGAAAAGCAAGGGGAGUGACAAAGAGAAGAGGGGAGAGAAGGAACGCGAGGGCAAGGAGCGAGAGAAGAGGCCAGUGAACGGCCACGCCUUCUCGCCGGCCUCGCACCCCCCCAGCGGCGCCUGCCCCCACUGUGGCCGCCUCUUCCUGGCCAAGGACACCUUCCUCUGCACCAACUGUGGUGUUCAUGUCCACAAGAACUGUAGAGAGAAUUUGUCCAUCUGCGCAAAGGCGAAAAUGAAGCAGCAGCUAUUUCCAACAGAAGCCGCCACGGGUACAGCUGUCAACCUGAGGAGUAAAUCCUCCUCCUCCGCCUCAUCGUUAUCCUCGUCCUCGUCCGCCUCUCUGACCCGGGACCGCUGGUCCACGCUGCCCAGCACAGAGGACCAGGCGCCCCAGUCCUUCCCUCGGAGGACCCCCAACAUCCUGUCCUUCAACACGCACAGCAACCUCUCCAAGAGCAUCUCCACCAGCAACAUCGCUGGGCUGGACGAGGGUUCUCUGAAAGGGCAGAAGCACCUGUCCCGCUCCACGGACAACCUCCAUCAGGGCAGCAAGGUGAACGCCUCCACGGAGUCCCUCACCGACGAAGGUACUGAGAUGAUGGACAGUCAGCUGAUGGGAGAGUUUGAGUGCGACGUCAAAGAGCUGGAGGCGGACUCCUGGAGCGCCACCGUGGACAAGAAGUUCCUCAAGCUGCACAAGAAGGACGAGGUCAAGAGGCAAGACGUCAUUUAUGAGCUGUUUCAGACGGAGCUGCAUCACGUGCGGACCCUGAGGAUCAUGUCGGAGGUCUACUACAAGGGCCUGCAGAAGGAGCUUCAGCUGGAUACCCAGACCCUGGAGAAGGUGUUCCCCAUGCUGGAUGACCUGCUGGAGACACACACCCACUUCCUCACCCUGCUGCUGGAGCGCAAAAGGUUCUCCCAAGUGGAGGGCCGAGGCCCCAGCAGCUUCCUGAUCGACAGCAUCGGAGACAUCCUGGUGAACCAGUUUUCGGGCUGCAAUGCCGAUCGCAUGAAGAAGGUUUAUGGAAAGUUCUGCAGCCGCCACAACGAAGCGGUCAACCUCUACAAAGAACUCCACGCCAAAGACAAACGCUUUCAGGCCUUGAUCAAGAGGCUGAUGAGCAGCAGUAUCGUGCGGAGGCUCAGCAUCCCAGAGUGCGUUCUGCUGGUGACACAGAGGAUAACCAAGUACCCCGUUCUGAUCCAGAGGAUACUGCAGCACACCAAAGACACGGACGAGGACCACGCCUGCGUGUCCGAGGCGCUGCGCUGCGUGAAGGAGCUCAUCGCCGCCGUGGACAGCAAGGUGAACGAGCAGGAGAAGAAGACGAGGCUGCGGGAGGUCUAUAGUCGCACCGACAGUAAAUCCAUUAUGCGGAUGAAAAGCGGUCAGAUGUUUGCUAAGGAGGACCUCAUCAGGGGGCGCCGACUGCUGCACGACGGCACUUUACAGCUGAAGAACGCUGCAGGGCGUCUCAAAGAUGUCCAUGCCAUGCUGCUAUCAGACGUGCUGGUGUUCCUGCAGGAGAAGGACCAGAAGUAUGUCUUCGCCUCCCUGGACCAGCGUUCCACUGUCAUCUCCAUUCAGAAGCUUAUCGUAAGGGAGGUGGCCAAUGAAGAGAGAGGUCUGUUCCUGAUCACGGCCGGCACCAAUAACCCAGAGAUGGUGAAUGUGUUGGCCAGCAGCAAAGACGAACGCAACACCUGGAUGAGCAUCAUACAGGACGCUAUGCACUGCAUAGAGAAGGAGGAGGACGAAGGGGUACCUAGCGAGACGGAGGAGGACCGCAGACAGCAGGAGACCAGAGCCAAGGAGAGCAGAGAACUCCUGAGGCUCAAGGACCAACAGAUCGUGCUACUGCUGAAGGAGAAGGUGAACAUCUUCAAGGACCUGUGUGACCUCAGCCCCGCCCUCGACGAGGGCAGCCAGCCAAUCGGGGAGCGCAUGCUGUUCAGGGCCACGCCCGAUGAGGUCACCAAGGGAGAGCCGAUCAUUAAGGACGCCCUGAAGGAAGUGGAGUCUCUGCAUACCUUGGUGAACAGCAGUGUGGGAGGAGCGGGAGGCAGUACCACCAUCUGCCUAACAGGGGGCACUGUGGGACCGGUCUGCCUUCCCAGAAGGGCUGAGACAUUCGGCGGCUUCGACAGUCAUCAGAUGAACAGCAGCAAGAGCGGAGAGAAAGAAGAAGGAGAUGACGCACUUGACCUUCGCAGGACUGAGUCAGACAGCGUGCUGAAGAAGGGAGCGAACACCAGCCUUCAGAUGUUACUCAAGAGAAACAAUGAGCAGGUCCAGCACAGUGUGGGGAACCUCUACAAUCUGCUGACAUCGCUGCAGGCUGUGGUGGUGCAGCAGGACAGCUUUGUGGAGGACCAGAGGCUGGCCCUCAGCGAGCGCCUGGCCGCCCAGCCUCCCUCCAGGAACUCCUCCUCCUCCUCCUCCUCCCUGUCCCAGACCUCGGGCUACUCCUCCUCGUCGCGGCCCUCCUCGCUGAUCGAGCAGGAGAAGCAGAGGAGCCUGGAGAGGCAGAGGCAGGAGGCGGCCAGCCUGCAGAAGCAGCAGGCGGCGCACCAGGAGGAGCGGCGGCGGCGGGAGCGGGAGUGGGAGGCGCGGGAGCAGGUGCUGGGCGAGCGGGAGGCCGGGCUGCGGGCCGAGGAGGAGGCCGCGGCGCGGGACCACGCCGCCCUGGGGGCGGAGCGGGAGGAGCUGCAGCGGCGGAAGGAGGACUACCAGCGGGACCUGGAGAGGCUGCGGGAGGCCCAGCGGCGGCUGGAGCGGGAGAGGGAGGCGCUGCGGCGGGAGACGGAGAGGCUGGAGGCCCUGAGGAGCGAGGAGUCCGGUGGGCUACAGAAGUUCCAGCGCACGUCCUCCUCCACUUCGGAGGAAUCCCUACGCUUCCACAGCUCCAGCUCCCUGGACCAGGAGUCCAGAGAGGCCCCAGAAGCUGCCAAAGAGGUGGAGCUCUCCUCCUCAGCACCGACCAAAGAGCCCUUCCUGCGCAUAGGAUCCAAGCGCAUGGGCAAAAACUUCAACCCUUUCUCCUCCUCCUCCUCCUCCACCUCCUCGUCAUCCAAGCCCCAGGGAGGGGACAAGGAUGCCCAGCUCCCCAACCGACUGCUCCAGCUGGCCAAGACCAAGCCCAAGAAGGAGAAGAAGAAGAAGGGGAAAGGAGGAGAGCGGGAAGAGACAGGUACCACUUAAAACGCCAGGCCCUGGUGAUGUCUGAACCCCACGACGACGGAGAGGUCAUUUUCUGCUGAUGGAGGGCCGGUGCGGCACGGACAGCCCAACCCCCCCCCCCCGCCCCCCUCUAGCAUUGGAGACGUCAGUCCGUGGAGAGCCCCUUCCACUCUGCCCUCUCCGGGGAGGGGGUGCCAGGGAAGUCUGUUGAGCGAGGCACUUCUACUCUACAGCUCGUCCUCCUUCUCGACGGACCGUCGUAGCAACAGGUAGCACAAGGCCACACGCACUUUCUAGCCCCCCCCCCCCACACAGAGCGUCUCUUCUGGACCGCCCCUCCCCGGACCACUCUGCCCGUGUUGAAACGAUGAGACCUUAUGGAAGUUUAGUGUGUGUGUGUGUGUGUGUGUGUGUGUGUGCGUGUGUCUCAGGUCCCCAGACUUUUAAACAAAGUAAAACGAGUGGCUGGUCACAGGACCACAGACCUUUACAGUUCUGCAACUGGGAUGAGGAUGAUGAUGACUGGGAGAGUUGGAACGAGACCGUAAAAACAUGCAGCAUGUGCAACAUGAAGUACAACAAGCAGAUUUGAUCCUUUUCUUGAACGGUGCUGAUCCUCGAGUCUUCCAAAGGAUUGAAAGAAAAUGAACACAGCAACUGUCCAGCUUUAGGAAGAAGCAAUAAUAACCUAACCACCACUUUUCUUGUCUCUGUUGUUAAUGCCAAACGUGAGGUUUCCCCUCUGCAUUACCACAAUAAGUACUAGCAUGUUUUCUUUUGUAUAUUCUGAUUGGUUGCCAGGGUUGCAAUAGUUAGGAGAGAGCUCGCCGUGAGAUAUGGAUUCUAUGUUCAAAAGUCUUCUUUCUUUUUAGAAAGACUGAAGUGUUCUUUUUUUUUUCACCCACUUUGUAGUUAAAUGGUGUGUGCGUGUGUGUGUGUGUGUGUGUGGUCAGAGGUUGAAAGGUCAGAGAAGGUUAGCUAAAAUAUAAGUGAUGGGGGACAGAGAAAUGACUUCAAUCAAUGACCUCGGGAUAAAGGGAUGUGUUCAAUGAGGGAUCAUAUCUUUGACUGGCAUUGAAGAAGAGAGCCAGAGAUGGACAUCUGGCCAAAGACUCUUCUGGACCCUGAUCCAUUUACCCAUGUUCCUUUUUUCCCCCUUCUACAUUUUCCUCUGGAAGAGCUUUUAUCCACAUUAAAACUCACUUUCCCAUGAUGCUCUAUUCUGGAUGAUCGCCUUAUCUAGUUCCCAAGCAGUGGCCAUGCAUUAAUUAAACAGCUACCAAGCGUGUGAUGGACCGUGUUAGAGGGAAAGCAUUAGGAGAACUCAAUGAACCACUCAAACCUAACUGCCUUCAGCCACUGCUUGGCUGCUAGUCCCAAGUAUACACCAGCAAGUGUUAAUUACAAUACAUGUCCCAUCUUGUCAAGUCAGUCCCCAAAUGAAUGAACUCUCGGCACCUCAAUCUAGCAUGCCAGGGAAGGAAUUUGCCGCCUUCUGUUGGUCUCCCUGUCUCCCAUGGAAGGAUCUUUUUAUAACGACGGAGCUAUUGACCACGUCUUCUCUCUCUCUCUCUCUCUCUCUCUCUCUCUCUCUCUCUCUCUCUCUCUCUCUCUCUCUCUCUCUCUCUCUCUCUCUCUCUCUCCCUCUCCCUCUCCCUCUCCCUCCCUCCCCCCCCACACUGAUGAUCACAGUCUGAGCAAAUAGAUCUACCAGCCGGUAUAGGACUCAGAAAUCAAUGUUGGCAUUGUGUUUAAUACAAAGUGGUACAUCUGGUGCCAUUAGAUUUAAAAACAAAGUGGUGGCGGCCUGGGUUGCUGCUCUGGCCUCACCGACAUCACCACGUGUGAAAAUGUGCAAUGCAGCAGGAUACUCUCUUCCCUCUCUGUCUCCCACCCCCCAGCUUUUGUUUUGUCACUGCAUGCAAUACGAUCAAGAUGAGGGCUACCAAAAAAGGUCUAUUUUAAGCACUUUAGAUUGAAGUACACUUACAUUUUCCAAUGUUGCAUCAAAGCCCCAGUGUGUUCUCGGUGCCUUAAUGCAAGACAAUCGAUUAGUUUACUCUUUUUUUUUUAAUGUACGUAUUCAGAUAGACUUCUUUGAAUCUGGAGGGGGAAAAAUGUUGAUGGUGUUGGGUUUGUGUACUGCAAUACUCAAUUUUAUUGUUUUUUAUAAAUGUUUGGACCCGCCUGCUCAUGUUAUAGUUUUUAUCUUUGUUCUUUGGUCCUAAUCCGGUUUAUUUAAAUUAAACAAUGUGUCAAGUCAAGACAGUUAAGAGUGCAUUGUCAAAGGAAACACUGAUGGAAGUUACUUCUAAACAACCUUGAGUCAAAUGGAUUUUACGGAGCUAGCAAAGCCAAAAGCAAAAUCCUCCCCCCUCACCCUCCAACCCCACCCAGGAACCCUCCACAGCCUGUUCUUGUGAUGUUUCUGCAAGUGCACAACACACACACACACACACACACACACACACACACACACACACACACACACACACACACACACACACACACACUAGGGAGUUGGGCUGGUCUCUGCUAAAGUCUGUGGGAGACUGCAACCGGGAGCUGUAUAUUUGCACCGCAUUGAUCUCUCUCCUCUUCAUGUAUCCGUGGCAGGGUGAGUGAUGUUGGACAUUUUAGCCCCUGCAGUCUAAAGAUACGAAUAUGUUCCCUAGCCACCUCUCAUCCAAAGAUAUCUCUGCUGAAAGGAGCAGAUUUUUGUAAAACUAAGAGCCUAGCACACAGCCUUUAUCCUAGGCCCUUGUGUGAUACAUACAAAUUGAACCACAAAAUGGAAACACUGGCUCUGGUGGGGAUGAUGUCAGGGAUUUUAAAUGACAACAAGGGUUAUUAGACCAGUGUUGAGAUCCUGAAAAUAAGCCUGCGUUUUAUUUUCAUACAUUCAAGUUACAUUACUAAACACAUUUAUUGUGUUAGAUGUGUUAAUUUGGGGGUGUUUUCAUUCUGCUGAUGAAAUGUCUUUGGUGAUCGACUUCAGAGACAAUGUAUCACUGUGAAUGAGAGACUGCCAGAGUUCUGAGCAGUGAACCUGUCUUCUCAAUCUGACCGACAGAUGGCACUAUAGAGGAGAACAUAGCCUUCUGAGCGGUUGUGUAACUAAUAUUGAGCUCGGAGAAUAUCGUCGGGCCCCUAAAAAUGUCAAACAGCUAUCUUAAUUUGUAUUAAUGGCCUGAAAUGCAAGCUCCUGUGUGAGUCGAAUUUCUUAUUUAUUUGAAAGUGUGUUUGAAAUAUGGAUCAAGUAAUCUUUCUUCCAUACAUUUUUAAUUGGCAUCUUAUCUUUCUUUUCUGUGGCCAGUCAUUACCCAUCUGAUAAUCAAUACACAACCAUCUCACAAUGCUUUGGAAAAUCCAGACAGUCCACCUUUGUUUUUACUCUUUCAUACGUUUUUCAAGAGCAGGUCGGAGGGUUACUUGUUACAGUUUUGUAAAGAUGAGUGUAAAUAAUUCUAAUGCCGAUUUGGGCAAAAAAAAUAUUAAAAAGCAGUUUUUAUGUGUGGGAUUUCGAGGAGGCAUGGGUGCUAAUCGCUGUGACACAAGGGACUUCAAGAUUGUAUAAACCAUCAUGCAAACCUGCACAACUCACAGUUUUCUCCCACAGUCAAAGUGUAGCAGCAGUUUAGAGCUCAAUUCAGAACUGCACUUUCCGUUAUCUGUAUCAAUACAUGUAUAUGCGCACGCAAGGCCUUGCAAAGCAACCGAUGAACUCCCUUAUAACCGGAGAGAGGAUUCAAACCAAACGACUAUAAUUAAAUCUCAAUUUGUCAACAAUAAUGUUCCCAAUGAAAAUGCACUAGAAUGUCAAGAAAUGGUUUCAAAUCUCAUUAGACCUUACAGUUUUGCACUGUAUGCCAAAGCUUUUUAACAAUGUUGUUUGUACUAAAUACAAGAAGGUACAAUAAUAGUUUCCUUUUGAUUUCAUCUGUAAAGCAAAAAAAGGCAGAACAAAAAAAAUUGUAAAUAUGUUUUAUGUACAAAUUUGAACUUUUGAAGUAUUGACUGUGGAUUUUUUCUUUUGUUAGAUGAUUUUUUUUAAUAAAUAUUAAGGCUUUAUUUAUCUGUACUCGUAAUGUUUGGAGGCAUAAACAUAUAAAAAAUGUACAGUAAUUUUCCCCUUUUCAAUAAAUCACGUUUGUCAAUUGUG